UGCCUCGGCCAGGGAGAAAUACAUACAGUGACCAGAAGCCCCCUUACUCAUAUAUCUCGCUUACAGCUAUGGCAAUUCAGAGCUCUCAAGAAAAGAUGCUACCUCUCAGUGAGAUCUACAAAUUCAUCAUGGAUAGAUUUCCUUAUUACAGAGAGAAAUACACAAAGAUGGCAGAACUCUCUGAGACAUAACUUAUCUUUCAAUGACUGUUUCAUCAAAAUACCAAGGAGACCUGAUCAGCCUGGUAAAGGCAGUUUCUGGGCACUUCAUCCCAGCUGUGGUGAUAUGUUUGAAAAUGGUAGUUUCCUGAGACGUAGAAAGAGGUUCAAGGUGAUGAAAUCGGACCACCUGGCUCCUACUAAGCCAUCAGACGCAGCACAGUACCUGCAACAGCAAGCAAAGCUUAGACUAAGUGCUCUGGCUGCCUCGGGUACCCACUUGCCACAGAUGUCAACUUACAACCUUGGAGUCUCUCAAACAUCCAGUUUCAAACACCCUUUUGCCAUUGAAAACAUCAUUGCUAGAGAGUACAAAAUGCCUGGUGGACUUGCAUUUUCUACAAUGCAGCCAAUGACAGCUGCAUAUCCGCUUCAUAACCAAUUGACUACAGUUGGCAGUUCCAUUGGCACAGGUUGGCCUCACAUGUACAGUUCCAGCAUGAUAGACACUACCACCCCUAUAUCAAUGGCCAACAGUGAUUACAGUGUGAGUGCAUAUGGGGUGCCAAUCAAGCCACUUUGCCAUGGAGGACAAACUUUACCUGCUAUCCCAGUACCUAUUAAGCCCACUCCUGCAGCUGUGCCAGGGCUUCCAGCACUCCCAACCCAUAUCCCAGCUAUUCUCUCGAACUCUUCUCCGUCCCUGAGUCCAACAUCUCCCCAAACAGCAACCAGCCAAAGCAGCCCAGCCACCCCUAGUGAAACUCUCACUAGCCCUUCUUCUGCUCUGCUUUCUGUGGCUGUACACUGA